CCUCGUACCAAAAGCUUGACGGGUUACCUUUAAAAUCAAACUAGCAGGGAAUUGUUCAAACAUCUUUCUCAAUCAUCUUUCCCCAAAUGCAGAUGGUUAAGAGAGUGGGCAGUAAAUUGGCAAUGUUGUUAAAGUCAAGAGACAGUUUCUUGUGUAGGGAUCUCACCACCAUCUGUUUAAAUGUGGCUGGAAUCCUUUCUUAAAAAGCAAAGCAUUUAAUAAUUCUUGUUAAUAAAAUGGGCCCCAAACAUCCCUCUGAUCUUUUUUUUUUUUUUUUUUUUUUUAAACCAGCCAGGAAGUGAAGAAGCCCAGAUUACAGAUUGUCAGAUGUAGAUGCAACAACACAUCUUAAACCCCGCUCUACAAAACAGAACACUACUCGAAACAGAGAAGGUAGUUUGUUUGUAAGACCUUGCCCAUCACUCUACCUUAACCAUGCUAGUCACAUCACACUAUUCAUUCAGUCUUUCUAGCAAAACAAAAUAGAAAAAAGUUCUAUACCAUACCAUGCCUUUCGUACUCCUGUGCUGCUGCUGGCAGUGGCUCCACCUUUAGAGCUGAGCUCCUGACCAGCAGCUACCACUCUCCCCCAGCCCAGCUCUGAAGGUUGUGCUGCCACCACCAGGAGCAGAGAAGUAAGGGUAGUAGUAACACAACCACACAAACAUCAUAACCUUGCGACCUCCUUCCCAACAACUCCUUUUUGGGUCAGGACCUCUACAAAUUCAACACUGAGAUUUCAGAUUUAAAUAGAUUAAAUAGAAUUUACAUUUUUUAAAAUUCUCUGACCAUGAAAUUGACAAAUAUGGACUAUAAAUUUGUAUUUGUAUGUAAAAACAAUAUAAAACUAAACUCACAUUCCAGGAGAAGUUGUCUGGCUAUGACAAGCCUACAGUCUACAAAAUCCUAGACAAAAGCUAUCUUUCUUCAAAUACAAGAGUAUAUCAGACAAGUUAGUGAUGAUUUACAAAAAACAGAGAUCACCAUGACUCAGUAAGGUGAUGAGCUGACAGGCAGAUGGAGCCCAUUAUCUUCACUUCUCAAUCCAAGUUUUCCUGUAAAAGCACUAGGGGAGGAGAGGGCUUUAACCAAGCAAUAGAAACACAGGACAAAAAAGGAUUAGGAGUGAAGCACUAGGGAAGAAAAGAUAAUGCAAGAAAUGCUGCUCACAUUUCAAAUAGCUAGAAAAGUUUCUGUAGUUUUGGUCACAUGAGCUUUUCCAAGACUAGGGUUUAACAUCUGGACAAGUUUUGUGGCUAUUAGGUUUAAAUGAUAUUAAAGUAGAAACUACGGACAAUCAGGAACCUACUUUUGCUAUAUACAGAGUAUUUAAUUCAGCUGUACAAAGCUACCUUUGGAAGUAUAAAAUGUUUCAAGCCUUUGUUCGGCAAUCUACUUCAGCAUAUCGCCCACUACCGAACCAUCUGCCAGGUGAACCUGAAGUGAAGUAUAAGGGCAAGUUGGUGCAUGAAACUCAGCUUAGCUGCUUCUACAUCCAACCUGGAGGUUCCAACUAUGGGAGUCCCCACACAGUUCAUGCCAACAUGAAUGCCAAUGCAGCAGCAGGGCUUGCCCCGGAGCAUAUCCCUACUCCAGGGGCAGCUCUGUCCUGGCAGGCUGCUAUCGAUGCUGCCAGGCAGGCCAAAUUGAUGGGUAGUGCUGGCAAUGCAACAAUAUCCACAGCUAGCUCCACGCAGAGGAAACGACAGCAGUAUGGGAAACAGAAAAAACAGGGUACAACCACAGCUACACGUCCUCCCCGGGCAUUGCUGUGUUUAACGCUGAAAAAUCCCAUCCGGAGGGCAUGCAUCAGCAUCGUUGAAUGGAAACCAUUUGAAAUAAUUAUUUUACUGACUAUUUUUGCCAAUUGUGUGGCCUUAGCUAUCUAUAUCCCCUUUCCAGAAGAUGAUUCCAAUGCCACCAAUUCCAAUCUGGAACGAGUGGAAUAUCUCUUUCUCAUAAUUUUUACAGUGGAAGCAUUUUUAAAAGUAAUAGCAUAUGGACUUCUCUUUCACCCCAACGCUUACCUCCGCAAUGGCUGGAAUUUACUAGAUUUUAUAAUUGUGGUAGUAGGGCUUUUUAGUGCAAUUUUAGAACAAGCAACCAAAGCAGAUGGGGCGAAUUCAAUAGGAGGGAAAGGUGCCGGAUUCGAUGUUAAAGCAUUGCGGGCUUUCCGAGUGUUACGCCCCUUACGACUGGUUUCUGGAGUUCCUAGUCUCCAGGUGGUUUUAAAUUCCAUUAUCAAGGCUAUGGUUCCCUUGCUGCACAUUGCCCUGCUGGUGCUGUUUGUCAUAAUUAUCUAUGCUAUCAUUGGACUCGAGCUAUUCAUGGGGAAGAUGCACAAGACCUGCUACAAUAUGCAAAGUGGAGGACAAGAAGAGGAUGCCUCUCCCUGUGCCCCUCAAUUAGCACAUGGACGGCAGUGUCCGAACGGCACUGAGUGCAAACCUGGAUGGGAAGGGCCCAAGCAUGGCAUUACCAAUUUCGACAACUUUGCUUUUGCCAUGUUAACUGUGUUUCAGUGCAUCACUAUGGAGGGCUGGACAGAUGUACUAUACUGGGUCAAUGAUGCCAUAGGAAGGGACUGGCCCUGGAUCUAUUUUGUUACACUAAUCAUCAUAGGGUCAUUUUUUGUACUUAACUUGGUUCUCGGUGUACUUAGCGGGGAGUUUUCCAAGGAAAGAGAGAAGGCAAAGGCUCGGGGUGACUUUCAGAAGUUGCGGGAGAAACAACAGCUGGAGGAAGACUUGAAGGGAUAUUUGGAUUGGAUAACUCAAGCAGAAGACAUUGAUCCAGAAAAUGAAGAUGAAGGCAUGGAUGAGGAGAAACCCCGAAACAUGAGCAUGCCUACAAGUGAGACUGAGUCCGUGAACACAGACAAUGUGGCUGGAACAGAUAUUGAAGGAGAAAACUGCGGUGCUAGGCUGGCGCAUCGGAUCUCCAAAUCUAAGUUUAGCCGCUACUGGCGCCGGUGGAACAGGUUCUGCAGGAGGAAGUGCCGAGCUGCUGUCAAGUCCAAUAUUUUCUACUGGCUGGUGAUCUUCCUUGUGUUUCUCAACACCCUUACCAUUGCCUCUGAACACUACAACCAGCCAGACUGGCUCACUGAGGUCCAAGACACUGCAAAUAAGGUGCUGCUAGCUCUUUUCACGGCAGAGAUGCUGCUGAAGAUGUACAGCUUAGGUCUCCAGGCCUACUUUGUGUCUCUCUUCAACCGCUUUGACUGCUUUAUUGUUUGUGGAGGAAUCCUGGAGACCAUCCUUGUGGAGACCAAGAUCAUGUCACCACUGGGCAUCUCGGUGUUGAGAUGCGUCCGACUCCUGAGAAUUUUUAAAAUCACAAGGUAUUGGAACUCCUUGAGUAACCUAGUGGCUUCACUGCUGAACUCAGUCCGCUCCAUCGCUUCCCUGUUGCUGCUUCUCUUCCUCUUCAUCAUCAUCUUCUCGCUGCUGGGAAUGCAGCUCUUUGGGGGCAAGUUUAACUUCGAUGAGAUGCAAACCAGGAGGAGCACAUUCGAUAACUUCCCCCAGUCUCUCCUCACUGUGUUUCAGAUCCUGACUGGGGAGGACUGGAAUUCGGUGAUGUAUGAUGGGAUCAUGGCUUAUGGCGGCCCCUCUUUUCCAGGAAUGUUGGUCUGUAUUUACUUCAUCAUCCUCUUCAUCUGUGGAAAUUAUCUUGCUGAUGCUGAGAGUUUGACAUCUGCUCAGAAAGAAGAGGAAGAGGAAAAAGAAAGAAAAAAACUGGCUAGGACUGCUAGUCCUGAAAAGAAAAAGGAGAUUGAGAAACCAGCUGUGGAGGAAGAGACAAAGGAGGAGAAAAUUGAGCUGAAAUCGAUCACUGCUGAUGGGGAGUCCCCACCUACUACCAAGAUCAACGUGGAUGAUUAUCAGCCCAAUGAAAAUGAAGAGAAGAAUCCAUAUCCUACUACUGAAGCUCCAGCAGAGGAAGAGGAGGAGGAGCCUGAAAUGCCUGUCGGCCCUCGGCCACGCCCAAUGUCUGAACUGCACCUCAAAGAAAAGGCCGCGCCCAUGCCGGAUGCCAGUGCUUUUUUCAUCUUCAGCUCUACCAACAGGUUUCGUCUCCACUGCCAUCGAAUCGUUAAUGAUAAUAUUUUCACCAACCUGAUCCUCUUUUUCAUCUUGCUCAGCAGCAUCUCCCUGGCAGCUGAGGACCCUGUCCGACACUACUCCUUUAGGAACCAAAUUCUCUUUUAUUUUGAUAUAGUUUUUACUGUCAUUUUCACCAUUGAAAUUGCUCUGAAGAUCCUAGGCAAUGCAGACUAUGUCUUCACUAGUAUCUUUACAUUAGAAAUUAUUCUUAAGAUGACCGCAUACGGAGCCUUCCUCCACAAGGGCUCCUUCUGCAGGAACUACUUCAACAUCCUAGACUUGCUGGUGGUCAGCGUUUCUCUCAUCUCCUUUGGGAUCCAGUCCAGUGCUAUCAACGUAGUGAAGAUCUUACGUGUCCUAAGAGUACUCAGACCACUGAGGGCCAUCAACAGAGCCAAGGGACUAAAGCACGUGGUCCAGUGUGUAUUUGUAGCCAUCAGAACCAUUGGAAACAUUGUGAUCGUCACCACUUUGCUGCAAUUCAUGUUUGCCUGCAUUGGAGUUCAGUUGUUCAAGGGCAAACUGUAUUUCUGCAGCGACAAAUCCAAGCAAACAGAAGCAGAAUGCAAGGGGUAUUAUAUUUAUUACAAAGAUGGAGAAGUCAGCAGUCCGACGAUCCAGCCCCGCCAGUGGGAGAACAGCAAGUUCGACUUUGACAACGUCUUGACUGCCAUGAUGGCACUCUUCACUGUUUCAACCUUUGAAGGCUGGCCAGAUCUGCUGUACAGCUCCAUUGAUUCUCACACGGAGGAUGUGGGACCCAUCUAUAACCACAGGGUGGAGAUCUCCAUUUUCUUCAUUAUCUAUAUCAUCAUCAUUGCUUUCUUCAUGAUGAACAUCUUCGUUGGUUUCGUCAUUGUCACGUUUCAGGAACAAGGAGAGCAGGAAUACAAGAACUGUGAGCUGGACAAGAACCAGCGCCAAUGUGUUGAGUAUGCCCUGAAGGCCCGCCCCCUGCGGAGGUAUAUCCCUAAGAACCAUUACCAGUACAAAGUGUGGUAUGUGGUGAACUCCACCUAUAACAAGGGCACAUUGAAACUGAAAUUUCAAACUGACAAAGAAGGAAAUGCUGUUUUUAGCCAACAUAGAGUUUACCUGUGGAAUUCACAAGGUGUUAUUGGAACAAAGAGAGCUAGUCCUUUUCAAAGGGGGUUGAAACCCUAUAUAUCCAAACAGCCCAUUCCUCACAGCGCUUCUGGGAUGCUUGUGUUUCAGCAUUAUGGUCAGAGCUGUCUCUUCAAAGAAGCCAUGAAUAUCCUCAACAUGCUCUUCACCGGUCUCUUCACUGUCGAGAUGAUUCUAAAGCUCAUCGCCUUCAAACCCAAGGGUUACUUUAGUGAUCCUUGGAAUGUUUUUGACUUCCUCAUCGUAAUUGGCAGCAUUAUAGACGUCAUUCUCAGUGAAACUAAUCACUAUUUCUGUGAUGCAUGGAAUACAUUUGACGCCUUGAUUGUUGUGGGUAGCAUUGUUGAUAUAGCAAUCACCGAGGUGAACCCAGCUGAACAUACCCAAUGCUCUUCCUCUAUGAAUGCAGAGGAAAAUUCGCGCAUCUCAAUCACCUUUUUCCGACUCUUCCGGGUGAUGCGUCUCGUGAAGCUCCUGAGCCGUGGGGAGGGCAUCCGGACGUUGCUUUGGACCUUCAUCAAGUCCUUCCAGGCUCUCCCCUAUGUGGCUCUUCUAAUAGUGAUGUUAUUCUUUAUCUAUGCGGUGAUUGGAAUGCAGGUGUUUGGUAAAAUUGCUCUGAAUGACACCACGGAUAUCAACCGCAACAACAACUUUCAGACGUUCCCUCAAGCAGUGCUGCUACUCUUCAGGUGUGCCACUGGUGAAGGCUGGCAGGAGAUCAUGCUUGCGUGUCUGUCAAAUAAAAGGUGCGACCCUGACUCAGAGCCAGCCAACUCCACUGAAGGCGACCAUUCCUGUGGGAGCGGCUUUGCCAUCUUUUACUUCAUCAGCUUCUACAUGCUCUGUGCCUUCUUGAUCAUCAAUCUUUUUGUAGCUGUUAUUAUGGAUAACUUUGACUACUUAACACGGGACUGGUCCAUUCUGGGGCCACACCACCUGGAUGAGUUUAAAAGGAUCUGGGCAGAGUAUGAUCCUGAAGCCAAGGGAAGAAUCAAACACCUGGACGUGGUGACGCUGCUCCGGCGGAUUCAGCCUCCACUGGGUUUUGGGAAGCUCUGUCCUCAUCGAGUGGCUUGCAAACGCCUCGUCUCUAUGAAUAUGCCACUGAACAGUGACGGGACUGUCAUGUUUAAUGCCACCCUCUUUGCCUUGGUCAGAACAGCACUGAGGAUCAAAACUGAAGGUAACCUGGAGCAAGCCAACGAGGAGCUGCGAGCGAUCAUUAAGAAAAUCUGGAAGCGCACCAGCAUGAAGCUGCUGGAUCAGGUUGUGCCCCCAGCAGGUGACGAUGAGGUAACAGUGGGGAAAUUUUAUGCCACUUUCCUGAUCCAAGAGUAUUUCCGGAAAUUCAAGAAACGUAAGGAACAGGGCCUCGUGGGCAAACCGUCGCAGAGAAAUGCUCUCUCCUUGCAGGCUGGGUUGCGCACAUUGCAUGACAUUGGGCCGGAGAUCCGACGGGCGAUCUCAGGAGACCUGACAGCUGAAGAGGAGCUAGAUAAGGCCAUGAAAGAAGCUGUUUCCGCUGCCUCAGAAGAUGAUAUCUUCAGGAGGGCUGGUGGCCUGUUUGGAAACCAUGUCAGCUACUACCAAAGCGAUGGCAGGAGCUCGUUCCCUCAGACAUUCACCACCCAGCGCCCUUUGCACAUCAAUAAAGCUGGCAACAACCAGGGAGAUACUGAGUCCCCAUCACACGAGAAGCUAGUGGAUUCCACCUUCACUCCAAGCAGCUACUCAUCUUCAGGCUCCAACGCCAACAUCAACAAUGCCAACAAUACUGCCUUGUCCCGCUUCCCCAACCCACCCAGCUACCCAAGUACUGUCAGCACAGUGGAGGGGCAUGGCACACCCUUGUCACCAACCAUACGAGUGCAGGAGGCCCCUUGGAAACUCACUUCCAAAAGGACACAUUACUAUGAAACAUUGGGACGCGCCUCUUCCAGAGACAGCCAGCUGGCAAUCGUUUGCCAAGAGGAAGUGUCCCAGGAUGAACCUUACGAUGAGAAUUUGAAUGAAGACAUAGAGUACUGUAGCGAACCAAGCCUGAUCUCUACUGAAAUGCUCUCAUACCAAGACGAUGAAAACAGGCAACUGACUCCACCUGAAAACAACAAAGCGGAGAGCACCAGGGCAUCUCCAAAGAAAGGGUUUCUUCGCUCCUCGUCCCUGGGUCGAAGAGCAUCUUUUCAUUUGGAGUGUCUGAAGAGACAGAAAAACCAAGACGUCGAUGUCUCACAGAAGACAGUUCUGCCAUUGCAUCUGGUACACCAUCAGGCACUAGCAGUGGCAGGGCUGAGUCCCCUACUCCAGAGAAGCCAUUCCCCAGCAACUUUCUCCCCCCGGUUGUGUGCCACCCCUCCUGCCGGACCCUGUAGCCAAGGCUGGCCGCAGAAAACCAUCCCGACGUUACGGCUUGAUGGAGUGGAGUCCAGUGAGAAACUCAACAGUAGCUUCCCAUCAAUACACUGCAGCUCCUGGUAUUCUGACAGCACCAGCUGCAGCAGCCCACGGCGAGCCAGGCCGGUCUCCCUCACCGUCCCCACCCAGACUGGAGGGAGCAGCAGGCAGUUCCACGGCAGUGCUGGCAGCCUUGUCGAAGCGGUCUUGAUUUCAGAAGGACUGAUGCAGUUUGCUCAAGAUCCAAAGUUCAUUGAAGUCACAACUCACGAGCUAGCAGAUGCCUGUGACAUGACAAUAGAAGAGAUGGAAAAUGCAGCAGACAACAUACUCAAUGGUAACAGCAAGCAGAGCCCCAAUGGCAACCUCUUGCCUUUUGUUAACUGCAGGGACCCAGGGCAGGACAGUGCAGGAGAGGAAGAGGAAGAGGUGCAGAGCCCGGAUUGUAGAAAAAGUCAGGAAGAGCUCCAGGACAGCAGGAUUUAUGUCAGCAGCCUGUAGUUGCCAGGGCUGAAGUGAUGCUGGUUUUUUAUUUGUUUCAAUGUUCCUAAUGGGUUUGUUUCAGAAGUGCCUCACUGUUCUCGUGACCUGGAGUAACCGGAACAGCGUUCUUCAUUCAUUUCUGUUGGGACGAGUCGCAGAGUUGGGUGGUGUAAGAGAGCUUUUCAGGAGCGAAUACAACCCCAGCAUGUGUCCAUGAAGGAAGAGUGAGGAGGGGAAAGAGGUGGAGGAGGAGAGCCAGCUUCUGCUUGUUCUUAGUCGCUGCACAAGGAACGAUGGCUGCUUCCCGAAUGCGAAGGAGAACCUCAGCUUCCUGUGGAUGGCCCUAGCCAAAAGGACCCUGCAUCAAACGGGUGUCUUUCAACUUUGCUUGUAAAAAUCAUUUUGCACAUAUUCUGUAUGAGCCUCACUGUCUCCUUAAAGCCAAGGCCCUUUUGAUUUGGAAUAGAAUGGUGGACUUCUUCUGCUGUGGAUUCCAGGACCUUGUUGGGGAGGAGGAAGCAGAAGAAGCCUUAGGGUACCUGAGAGGCAGAUGGCAACACUGCUUGAAUGCAGAGAUUUCUAGGCAGUGGUCUCUGCCAGCCAAUCAGAGCUCAGGUAGCCAUGUCUGCCAACCAAUCAGAGCUCAGACAGCCAGCUGUGCCAACCAGUCAGAGCAGGUAGCAAGCUCUGUCGAGUAGAGCUGAGGCAACCUGCCCUUUUCUAAGUGAGGUGGUGAUGGGCUUAUGUAGAUCUCUCCUUGUUUUUGCAGUUUGAUAUUUUCUUGAAAGCAUGUUCUAAUUUUUAUUUUGGAUAUUUUUGUUUUGUUUUGAAUGGAGAGGGGAGAAAGGAGUGUUUACAACGUUUUGUAAUCACCUACCUUUUUUUGUUUUGUUCUGUUUUGUCUUCACCUGCAAAUGUUAAAUGGGUUUGGUUACAUUGUAUUAUUUAAACUAUUUUUUCUCCAUUGGAAUUUGAUAGAAGAUAUAAGGCUAGAAAAGUUUUACUGACCAUUAUGUACACCAAGAAUUUAUAAUUUAAUUUGAUAGUAAUUGAAAUCUCCUUUUUCGUUGUUGUUUUAUAAUUUAAAGAUAGUCGGCAAUGCACUUGAUAUAGUCUUGCACAUUCGAGUGAUUGAUUUGGAUUCUUUUUAGUGCUAAGUAUUUCUGUGAGUGAGAGUGUGAGCGGCACUGAGUGUGUGUGUGUAUGUGUGUAUAAGUGCAUACAGUUCUCCACUUCCUGGUUUUACCUGCAGGAGAUCUGUAUCUGGGGCCAUUUGAAUGCAAAAAUAAACCACUGUCUCUGCUUUUGAAAGGGGAAUCAGUAACUCUUUGCAUUUUCUGUUCCACAAGAUAUGCAAAAACAAUGCAAUAAUAUUAAUUUUAAAAUACAAUUGUGAGUUGUGUUGGCAUUAAAACUGUAUAGAAACAAAAUUAAGGGGAAAAACAAACUAAAGUGAGAAGGAGUUACGCUUCGAUAUAUUCCGUGUGAUGUUUUAUUGCAUUGAUAAUGUUUCUGUUGAAGAAACCGUAAUACUUGAAUUCAGGUCAGUUUCAGUAUUUUUCAAAUAUUUUUUUAAAAUGAAUUGCAAUUGUGCCAAGCGAAUAUAAUGAAUUGAAUUAAGUUUGUUUUAAAAAAUCACUUCUUGUAUAUUUUGCUGCAUGUAAAGUAAAUCAUUUCGUAUUUGGAGUGUGCCAAGCUUUACCUUUGAACUUUAAGUGCUUUUCUACGUGUGGUUGGGGAAAUGGGUACUAAAUAUUUUUUUUUCAUUUUUUAAUUUGUACAAUGAACAAAGUGUACCUAGUGUAAGUAACUAUUUUGCAAUCCACUGACAGAUUGAACGUUACUGAUUUUGCAUAUCUUGUGUUCACUUUCCUUUUUCCUCACUCCCUUAAACAUGCACAAUUAAUUUCUGAGUAGAGUAUCUUGCUUCCUGAGACCAGGACAUUUUAUCCAGUCUUCAUCCUGUUCCCUUUGCUCAGAUUCUCUCAAUAUUGCUCCUCAUUAGAGUGGCAGAAUCUGUAUGACAAGAUGAUCUGGUAAGAUUUCUAGGAACUAAGCUGGCACCAGCAACUCUGAGGAGAUGGGAUUGUAUUAUGUAAUUUCAUAUUUCUUCCACUGAAUCUCUAACUCUUGGUUAUCAGUAAUAGAGUUUCCUUGGGGCACAUGACAAGCAAAUGUGAGAGGCAGAGUCAUUAGCUAGGGAAAAUAAUCUAGCUCUGGAAUAAUGAUAUUCCUGGGUGAGGUGAAAAACUUCUGAAUUCUUACUCAACAGAAUUGCUCUGGUACUGCUCUUAGCUAGAGAAACUGAGGUUUUGUGACAUAUUUUGCACUCCAAUGUGUAAUCGCAUAAUUCUCCCCGUACCUGAGUUUAUAAACUCAGAUUCUGGGCCUCAGCGAUACUGCUUUAAAUCCAGCAUAACUCCAUUGAAGCCAAUGGCCCUAUGACUCCUGCCCAUCUCAACCUGUUAUUGAAUCUAAACUUCUUCUUAUCCCUCCUGUUGUCUCUUACUAUUGACAAACAUAAUGGAUUUUCCUUGGAAAUGGAUCUUCAUUUGAAACUGCAUCAUGUGGAAACUUAGCUGUCUUGGUCUAAAACUCCCGCUAGUUUUGCUCCAUUUUCCAGAUGGAUCCUGGAGUUACAGAUCAGUCAGUACUGAAUAAAGAAGAAUGAUCUGACUCCAAAAAAUCAGAACCAAACGUCCAUCCAUAAUUUAAGCUUAUUCUGAGAUGUGAAAAUGUUAAAUUUAUUAAGUGUAUUGUUUAUAUUUUUCAUGCACAUCUAUGCUUUCCUGGUUUUGAACGGGGCCUAAAGAAGAACUAAAGGGAUAUUUUUGAUGGUAUUGUAUUGUCAGUGGUAUUAUAGAGUGGCUAGCAGCACUUCAAGAUGUCCUGGGUAUUUUACAAGGAAAAGCCUCUUCUUAAGAGAGUUCAACCAAAGGAGCUUGCAUCAGGUUAGGUACACAUGGUGGUAGUGAGUGGUCAAAGUCUUGAAAUCCUUACUCAAGGCUGAUGUAGGCAAAAUUAGGCAUAGGCAUCAAUCAAGCCAGUGCUGAGACAAAAUCUCAGGUAAUUUUGCCCAUGACUUGCAUAUGGGUUCCGAGUUCGACUUCUGGAUACUUACCUAAUCCAAAUCAAACUUCCGCACGUUUUGAAGGUUCUCCAGUUUUAGUGCUCUGGUGCAUAGGGCCAGUGCUAUUGAAAAUAAAGUAGCCCUAGGCCUAAUCAUCUAUUUCUGAGAGGGAUUCGGGUGGUAGAGUCUCCCUAAUGCGCUGUCUUGUACUGAAUAGUUUAUUUGACCCACAUUUAGUGGGAAUUGUUGGUGCUCAUCACCUCUGAAAAAUCAAGCUAGUGAAUUUGUCUGUCUUGAAGUCAGCUGGAGCUCAAGAUGCUCAUUUGCUCUUAAGAUUUGGUCUCAGGCUCGAGGAAGAAGCUUACAUCAUCUACAUCCUUCUCUGAACACUGCCUGUUCCCUCAGUGAUCAGACCUUGCAGAGGGCUGGAAAACCCCCAUCUCUCUACUGCACAGUCCCCUACAUCCCACGGAUUUAAAUCCAUAUGCAAAGAGGACAAUGCAGAUGAAGAUGAUAUUGAUAAUUGAGGAGUGGUACUAAAACCAGAACUUGCUGAUGCCAGCUGUAAUAAAUUUCAUCCUCUGUGGAAGGUGGCAUUUCAUGUAGAUACUUACUGACACACAGAUUGUAAUAGGUCUGAGCAAAGAGCUACUGCCUCCUUCAAGCGGGGCAGGGUCUGGGCCAUGGUGGGGAGAAGAGGGCAGGUUUGGUUCCCUGGAGAAUCCUUCCUUUCCCUGUGUAUUGGAGCUAGCGUCAGGUACAAUCAAUGUGCUGUGGGUGGAAACACUGAAAAAAUUAAUGAUUGAGGAGUUUGGGGAAAAUAGUCUUGGUAUCUUUACCGAUUGAGGAGUGAGGUUGAUUUGCAGCUUGCUAACAGUGCGCUGCAGACUAAAGACAUUUCUUACAAAACAACAAACCUGCUCUCUCAUCACCCUGGUCUUUAUUCUAGGCCGUACCAAGCAGGUCACACUGGAUGCAUUUCUUCUUUCUUCUUUAUUCUGUGUGGCUGCCAUGAUGGAAAAAGUGGGACUAAUGAUCCAGAGCUGGAGUUUCCUUAUCCAACAGACCUUUUCUGCAUCAUCUGCCUCUUCAGCUGGACAUAUGAAUGAUGAUGAUGGUGGUGAUAUAGAUGCUGCUGCUACCUUGAGAGGUUUAACCUGUUUCAUUCCCCUUCCUGACCGCUCCGUAGUCUGGAAAGACAGCUGAAGGAGCGCCAUGUACAGAAUCACCUCUAUUUCUGCUUUAUUUUCUGACUCAAAACCCUGCCCCCCUCGAUGACUACGAUGACAACAACAACAACAAAAAGGGCAAAUGCAUUUUUUUACAUUUCUUGAUAAUUUUCAAAGCAAUGUAUCAUUGCUUUCUUUAGACUGACGCCAAUAUAACAGUUGUAUGGGUCUCAGCCAGGCUCCUGUGUCUUUUCUGACUGCUAGUUUCAGACGGCUGUGUGAAAUGUAUGCAUGUUUGCACACAGACACAAUCCCACAAGGUGACAGACUCAUAA